UUUUGAAUCUUAAUAUUAUUUGCUAUUUUUGGGGUGUAUUUAAAGCCCUUAAAAAAUAUUUCGUUAACUUAUUAUUAAGUAAUACACGAAAACGAGUGGUGAAAAAUCAUUCACAUUAUAUAUACAGUAAUAAAGUGUGACAUUUGUUGGCUGAGCUGAAGGUCGACCCUAUUCUUGAAUACUGGCGCUGAUUAUCUGGCGUUUAGUUUUAGUUAGUAUUUGUAUGGCAUAUAUUCAUUGAAUUGAAUUCAAUACAAACAUUAGCAUCAAUUGUGCAAUCAAUGCAUCGGUCGUCUCUAUCGUCUCCUAACAUAUCAAUCGCUUCAUACACUUCACGACAGACUCAACCACUUUUUCUUGAAUGAAUAACUCUUUGCUUACAUUCAAUACGAUUCUCUACCAACAAAUCCGACAAAUGGGUAACAAACAGACCACCGCUCAUCACAGCCUUAACCCUCCUCAUCAACACCGCCGCAGCCAUAGUAGUCGUCGCCAUAACAAUCAUAUCCUGUCCAACGAGACGAGUCCCGCGUCGGCCAUCGUUGUCACCACCACUACCACCCCAGUGGUCGCCCCCGCGGCCACCCCUGUUGUCAAUGAAUCCCAAAAUGAUUUGAGACAUAAUCGCAAUAAAAAGUUUGUGAUGGAUCGUUUGCGACGAAGUCUUCGCGAGAGUUUUCGCCGCAAGAAAGAGCACAUCCCGGAGAGCAGUAAACCACACCAAUGGCAGGCCGACGAGGCCGGCGUAAAGGCCGGCACCUGUGUCUUCCCUGUCAAGUACUUGGGAUGCGUUGAAGUGUUUGAGUCCAGAGGAAUGCAAGUGUGCGAAGAGGCUCUCAAAGUUCUCCGAAGCUCAAGACGACGAGCAGUGAAGGGAACUCUGUUUGUGACGGGCGAUGGCCUACGGGUUGUCGACGACGAGACGAAAGGUCUAAUUGUAGACCAAACCAUAGAGAAGGUGUCAUUUUGCGCACCCGAUCGCAGUCACGAGAGGGGCUUCUCCUACAUCUGUAGGGACGGCACGACUCGGCGCUGGAUGUGUCACGGAUUUAACGCCAGCAAAGACUCCGGUGAACGGCUCAGUCACGCCGUCGGCUGCGCUUUCUCUGUGUGUUUGGAGCGGAAACAGAAGCGCGACAAAGAGACGGUGUCCAUGAAUUUUGACCCCAAGACGUCGGUAUUCACGCGCAACGGUUCGUUCAGACAGUCGUCACUCACGGAACGAAUGGUCGACCCGCAGGUGGCAAAACCUACCGAUCCGCCGCCAAUAAAACAAGUGCACAAUCCGUUUGCCGUCGAGAGACCUCACGCCACACCAAACCUCCUGCAAAGGCAGGGCUCACUCCGUGGCGGCGCACUCAACACCGCCUCCCCAUUCAAACGGCAGCUAUCGUUACGUGUGAAUGACUUGCCCUCCAAUCAGGAGCGCCAAAGAGCACAUUCCGUUGAUUUGUCCGCUAAUCGAUCCACUGUGAUGCCAAUACCAGAGGCGUCGCCAAACGAGCCGUCGGACUCAAUCAGCGCUAUGUGUCAGGAGUUGGCGAAAGGGCUGACAAUACUGAGCAAUAAUGACGACCCAUUCCUCUCCUCCCCAAAUAGUGGACAAAUGGAGUCCAUUAAAGCAAACGAGCCGUCGGACUCAAUCAGCGCUAUGUGUCAGGAGUUGGCGAAAGGGCUGACAAUACUGAGCAAUAAUGACGACCCAUUCCUCUCCUCCCCGUCAUCCGUUGCUUCGCCGACGCAAACACUUUCCGUCACAACAAAUUCGGAAAUAGUGGACAAAUGGAGUCCAUUAAAGCAGUUAUCGAACAAUACUUACGCCGAGAACUGGAUUAACGAGAGCUCGAAAGGCAGUAACAAUACGAGUCCCGAGACUAUCAUCACUCACACGACGACCACAGCGUCCGUCACUACAACAGCAAACCCUUCCAUAACAGCGCUGCUGAAGAACGGAACGGACAAACCCCCGGUGGCGGCGCCCCGUCAUAACAGCCCAAACCUAUCGCACUUACGACAGCACCGGUCGUUUGACGACGGAUAUAACGGUGGCGUUAAGUACCCGACGACCCGUCCGUACGACGAGGUGUUCAGCCAAUACAGCGCCGACCCGUCACCGCCGCCAUCGAUAGCGAACACCGACGCGGCCAACAAUUAUCGCAAUUUCAACUCUUAUAUCCAUAAUAAUAACAAUAGGAAUACAUAUCAACAGCGAAGUAAUUCGGUGUCGGAUCCGUUUGACGCCGAGUGGGCAGCUCUGGCCUCCCGUCACCAGCAAACCAAUCAUCCGAGAAGUACUAAUCCAUUCACUCAAACGACAGCUCCGGUCAAAGCGUUUGAAGUCCAGAUGUAAUUAUAGAUUAUUAGUGACCAAAAAACAUAAUAAAACACAACAAACAAAUAAUUUAGCGUUAAAUCUACAGUUAAUUAUUGUUAUAUACUUCUCUCUCUCUCUCUCUCUCUCUCUCUCUCUCUC